GCGUAGGGCGGCCCUAAAUCCUGCUCCAGCUCCAGGAGAGCGGAAGACGAGGAGGGCGGGCAUAGCCAAUAGGGGGGUAGCCGCAGCGGGGAGAGGGCGGGUUUAUAAGCGGGAGGCGGGCACGGAGCGCUCUCUUUUGCGCUGCCUGGGGUUGCCGUUCGCUCUCUGCCCGAGGAGCCUGCCGUCAUUGUCAGCGCCACCAUGAAGACUGCCUGGCUCUUGUCUCCGUUUCUCUGCCUGCUUUUGCUGGGCCGGGCCUGCCUCGCCGCCGAGGCGGAGAUCGAGGAAGAAGAGGGCGUGCUGGUGCUGAAGGCGGCCAACUUCGAGCGGGCGCUGGAGCAACACAAGAACAUCCUGGUGGAGUUCUAUGCACCCUGGUGUGGUCACUGUAAAGCUCUGGCACCAGAGUAUGUGAAAGCUGCAGCAACGCUAAAAUCUGAGAAUUCAGAAAUCAGACUGGCUAAGGUGGAUGCAACAGAAGAGUCUGAGCUUGCCCAACAGUUUGGGGUUCGAGGCUAUCCAACUAUUAAAUUCUUCAAAAAUGGAGAUAAAUCUUCCCCCAAAGAAUACACAGCUGGCAGGGAAGCUGAUGAUAUUGUGAACUGGCUGAAGAAACGUACAGGCCCAGCUGCCACCACACUGACAGAUGUAGCUGCUGCUGAGGGUCUGGUGGAUGCCAGUGAAGUUGCUGUGAUUGGAUUCUUUAAGGAUGCAGAGUCUGAUGCUGCCAAACAGUUCUUGCUGGCAGCAGAGUCCAUUGAUGACAUUCCCUUUGGGAUCUCUUCCAGCAGUGAUGUCUUUGCCAAAUACCAGCUCAGCAAAGAUGGAGUUGCCCUUUUUAAAAAGUUUGAUGAAGGCCGUAACAACUUUGAUGGAGAGAUAACCAAAGAGAACCUGUUGAACUUCAUCAAGUCAAACCAGCUGCCCUUGGUCAUUGAAUUCACCGAGCAGACUGCUCCAAAGAUCUUUGGAGGAGAGAUCAAAACCCACAUCCUACUGUUCCUGCCCAAGAGUGUUACAGACUACCAGGGCAAACUGGACAACUUCAAGAAAGCAGCUGAGAGCUUUAAAGGGAAGAUCUUGUUCAUCUUCAUAGACAGUGAUCAUGCUGACAACCAGAGGAUCUUGGAGUUCUUUGGCCUCAAGAAAGAGGAAUGUCCUGCCAUACGCCUCAUUACCCUGGAAGAAGAAAUGACCAAGUACAAGCCAGAGUCCGAUGAGCUGACUCCAGAGAACAUCAGGGACUUCUGCAACCGGUUCCUGGAGGGCAAAGUUAAGCCCCAUCUGAUGAGCCAAGACAUUUCUGAUGACUGGGACAAACAGCCUGUCAAAGUUCUAGUUGGGAAGAACUUUGAGGAAGUAGCUUUUGAUGAGAAUAAGAAUGUCUUUGUGGAGUUUUAUGCUCCCUGGUGUGGCCACUGCAAACAACUGGCUCCCAUCUGGGAUAAACUAGGAGAGACUUACAAGGACCAUGAGAAUAUUGUCAUUGCCAAAAUGGACUCUACAUCAAAUGAAGUUGAGGCAGUGAAGGUUCACAGCUUUCCUACCCUCAAGUUUUUCCCUGCUGGCCCUGGCAGAACGGUUGUAGACUACAAUGGUGAGAGGACGUUGGAAGGCUUUAAGAAGUUCCUGGAAAGCGGUGGGAAAGAUGGUGGUGUAGAUGAAGAUGUGAGUUCUUGUCAGGGCCACACAUCCUUGGGGACUCUGGCAUCCUUAACCCAACUAUCUAGUUCUCGAGGGAUGAAUCUUCACUGGGCUGGCUCAUUCUCCAACACCAGUUAUCAGGUGCGCGUGUCCUCCUUACUAGGAUCGAGCAGUUGCUGCUUUCAGCAUGUGUAACAACUUUGCUUGUUCUGUUUCUGUUGGCCACUGUUCUUGGAUUUGUGCUAUUGCUAGCCCUGUGCAGUACUAUCGAUUUUUAUUUGUGGGCUACUCUGCAGGAGUGGCAGUUGAAACUGGAGGAGACACCAUUGGGUUGUGAGCACUAACCCAGUUAAGACUGGGUUAAUGCUGUAUGCUCAGGGCUGUAGCUUUCUAUUUAAGUUGGGCACAGUGAAUAACUGACAAUCCCACCUUGGCAUACUCCCAGUGAGUUCUGUGUGGUGACUUGAAGAUGAAUUUUGCUUCGAAGGGAGACUUUCUAGAUCUGCAGUUAUAGUUGGUGCCUGCUGGUCGGUGACCCUGAGGGCUGAACUACAUGUUGCAUUAAAAGCAUAGUUUAACCCUGGUGUCUCUAGGUCUUACUGUAAAUAGCACCAUGGAGCACUGAUCUGGAUUGCAAAAUAUGGAAAGAGGGAGGCUUUCACCCUCUUCUGUUGCUUCUUUCCUCAUUCUGCAACUGCAUUCUGUCCCAAAAGGAAAGUUACCAUUGGCAGUGUGAUCUGAAUUUUCUGCAUAUCUAGGAACUCUACCCUGACUCGAUUCCUUGUUGCAUAUUUUGAGCCUAGUUAAGAUUUUUCUGCUUCAGUCUUGACGGAUAAAAAUGAGCAGAUUUUAAUGUUCUCUUCCUUUGGAUAAGGUCUGGUUGGCUGGUAGCGAAUAAAGUGUGACCUUCAGGUACAAGACCUGGUGCUAACAUAGCUAAGAUGGUGCCCUGCUGACUUGUGUUGCUUCAGCUUGUAUGGUUUUUAAUCUGUCCUGUAUUGCUUGAAAUGGGGGCAGUGGUUUUGCCAGAGGCCAUCCAUUCGUCCGACUCUUUACCCCAAGUUAUGUGUGACAUAACGUUGCCUGUAAGGUCCGAUUAAAAGCAUAGGUCCAGGAGUAUAACAGGCCUAUCUGAACUGACAAAAAAGCCCUUUGGGAGUUGCAAGCUUCUUGGGUUUUCCUGGGUGACCAUAGAGUUGGGCUUUCAUGAAAAUUCCAAAUUGGAGAAAGCACCUGGAACUGAAGAUAUAGUUGGUAUUCCCUACUUCUUGCAGAAGGGAUCAGUAUCUAUUUUGGCUAUUGUCAGUUUUUGAGACGUUGGAUAACUGUUGGUGCCCAGUGCCUGCUUACUAGAUUGAUGUCUUGUAAGGGGUUGCAUAUAAACUUACUGAAAUGGCCUAGCAUCCUCCCAUAUCACUAACUAUAGGAUAGGGUGUAGCUACAUCAAAAUAUGCUAGCAAGAUAGGGCUCUCAAUGCUUAGGUGUAUCCCCUAUCAAUAUGUUGGUAGCCAGGUGCACGCUGCUUUUAUUUCCAGUCUGCCUUGGUGUAUUCAGAGCGAUUUGAGCAAGAUUGUAUUCCAGGUAGGGAAUCUUAAAUGAGGCUGAUUAAAAAAGGGUCUUGCUGCCAUUGAGGAUGCUCCACUUGAAGAGUCAGACUUUGAAAAAAGUACAAAACCCAAGUAGCUUUUGAGCAGACAUCUUUGAGAUGGCUAGAUCUGCAUUAGACCACUGCCUCUAAUCACCAAUGGAACUCGCGUUCCACUCAUUUUAUUUGCAUUUAUCACCUUGGGAAUGGAUGAGUAGUUUGUCAGCGGGGCUUCUCUUGGGAUGGGCAAGGCUAGUGGCUGGAGGAGAAAAUAGUGUCACUAGACUAAGUAAGGUAAAGUGUGCCGUCGGGUCAGUGUCGACUCCUGGUGACCACAGAGCCCUGUGGUUGUCUUUGGUAGAAUACAGGAGUACUGUCUAUUAAACUGAGUUAAAAGACUUUAUGUACACAGCUCCAUAUCUUCAAGGGUCCCAGGUAUUAGAACAGCAUUCUUAAUCUGGGUUUUGUUCUGCUUCAUCUGAGGGGUUGGGCUUCCUUGAAAUCUCAGCUUGUUCCUGUUCACUCCUGUAACAUCUAGUAUGAUAAAAGGUAUUCCAAGGGCCAUCUGUACACUCUUCUAUAGCAGUGUUAAUUUUUUUUCCUGACUUUGUGUAGAACGUGGCUCAAAGCUGAAGUGGUAUUCAGGUGCUCUACAAACAGAAAUCGAACCAUAUACCAUCUUGAAUUCUUAACAAGUGAUUUGAGUCAUGAAAGGCUGACCAUUAGCCUAAUGCCUUUCUUCCUGGUAUAUGGAAAUGCUUGUAGGCUGUGCGCUUUGGGCAUUUCCAUGUCCCACUUUGCUGCCUUGGAAAGCAUGGGACUGCUCCUGGCUGGGGUGUGUGUGUGGCAGGGCUCAACCUUCCAGAGAAGCUUAAUAUUGCAAGCCUAGAGGGAGGUGCAUGGAUUAUCAUACUGGUAAGGGCAAUAGCUGCUGCUCUGGCAGGAUUCUAGCUCUGAAUUGGCCCAAGGAAAAUGCCUGCUUGGCACUUGUCACUGUGAGAUGCAAGAAGCUGCAGCUGACUGACCCACCUUUCUUCGUUUAAACAGGAUCUUGAAGAUCUAGAAGAUAUGGAAGAGCCGGACAUGGAGGAGGAGGAGGAGGAGGAAGA